AUGAAAAUGUGCGCGGCCGACGACGACAACCCCAUCCUGAUCCGGCUCGCGUGGCACGACGCCGGAACGUUCAACAAGGACAGCGCGGAGCCGUGGCCGAGGUGCGGCGGCGCGAACGGCAGCAUCAGGUUCGAGCCCGAGAUCAACCACGAAGCCAACCUUGGCCUGGUGUUCGGCCUGAAGCUUCUGCAGCCCCUCAAGGACAAAUACCCGGAGGUGGGCUGGGCGGACCUCAUCCAGCUCGCGUCGGCGACGGCGGUUGAGGAGGCCGGCGGACCUGUGAUCGACAUGAGGUACGGGCGAAAGGAUGCCGCGACGCCGAAGGACUGUGUAGACGAGGGCAACCUCCCCGCAGGGGACGCUCCUUUCCCUGACGCGGACACGCCGCAGAAUGCCCGGCACGGGUUCUUUCGUAGCCUGAGUUGGAUGCUUCUACUUCCGGUCGACACCAUGGAGACGGCGCACCUCCGGAACGUGUUCUACCGGAUGGGCUUCGGCGAUGAGGGCAUCGUUGCUCUGUCCGGCGCCCACACCCUCGGGCGGGCCGGCCAGCUGAACGCCGAAGGCGACUGGUCGCCGUGCACCAAGUUCACGGCCGCCGGCGUAUGCCCCAGGGGGGGCGACGCACCAAGUAAGGGAAACCCCGGGGGAAGCUCCUGGACACGGAACUGGAUGAAGUUCGACAACAGCUACUUCGCGACCGUGCCGGAUGGAGAGGGCGGCUCGGAGCUAUUCAAGCUGGAAACCGACAAAUGCCUGUUCGUGGACAAGGGCUUCCUGCCCUUCGCGCAGAAGUACAAGGAGAGCCAGGAGGCCUUCUUCGAGGACUACAAGAAGGCCCACAAGAUGUUGUCGGAGCUCGGUGCCGUGUGGGAGCCAGAGGGCGGCUUCGCCAUCUAA